AUGGCUGAUUCCAAGAAGACGGUUCUCAUUAUUGGCGGUGGUGCUGUCGGCACUAUUGCCGCUGUAAAUUUGGAAGUUGGCGGUCUUGCAACAGUUACCGUUGUGCUGCGAUCCAACUACAACGUUGUCAAGGAAAAAGGCUUUACAAUCGAUAGCUGCGAUCAUGGAACACUGAACGGUUGGCGGCCCAGCGUUAUUCGUAACACCGUCCCCAACCUUGUCGAAGAGAACAUCCCGCCAUAUGACUAUGUUGUACUCUGCACCAAGAAUGUACCCGAUACUUCACCUACAGCGGUUGAGCUUGUCACACCAGCACUUCCCAAAGAUAGCGGCAAGACGACGCUUCUUCUCCUCCAAAACGGUCUCAAUAUCGAGAAGCCUUUUCUCCGCCCUCAUCGCAAUGUUCCGAUUCUUUCUGGAAUUUCUAUGAUUGGUAGCGCGGAGCCUUCACCAGGAGUGAUUGUGCACAACGAACCCGAUAGACUGCUUGUCGGAGCCUUUCCCACUUCGAACAUCAACCCCGCUGUUCCGGAGAGAAGGGCGGAAGAAUUUGUUGAGUUAUAUGGCAAAGGAGGAAAGACUGACUGCCAAUACUCACCCAAUGUCCUAUAUGAUCGCUGGAAGAAGCUUGUCUUCAAUGCAGCCUUGAAUCCAAUCUGCGCUAUUACGGGCCUAGAUGACGGGCGCAUACGUCUUGCUGAUGGUGCUCUGGAUGGACUUGUCCGGCCAGCGAUGCGAGAAAUUGUCACGGCUGCUAAAGCGGUAUGCGGAGUGGAGUUGCCUGACGAAGUGGUGGAGGCUACAAUCAACAUGGAUCCGCUAGAAAGCUAUUUGAAGCCAAGCAUGCAGCAGGAUCUAGAAAAAGGUAACUUUAUCGAGUUCGAGAACAUAUUAGGCGAGCCGCUUAAGGCGGGAAAGAAUGCAGGUGUUCCUAUGCCCACUCUUGAGGUGCUGUAUCAUAUCGCAAAAGCAAUACAGUGGCGAACAAAGGAGAGCAAAGGACUGGUCGUGGUACCGAAGAAAGCUUAA